UUUUAAUCACCUAUGCUAAUUAAGUCUGAUCUAAAUACUAGGGACUGAGAAUUUAAAAAUAAUGCAAAUACUAAAUGAAUUGAUACAAACGAUGACGUAUGAUUUGUUAGGUAGUCAAGUAAUAUGACUUUCACCUCAAACGCAACAAUCACGCGUCGGGGGACAAUACAAGAUAAUGUAUGGUUGGCCACCGUAAAGAGUUUCUAAAACUCCUCUUUACCGUGGCUAAUUUACAUCACCAACUAACUCAGUUGAUAAAACCAAAAAAUCUCUUGAGGAAUAGUUCGCUAUCAAUUUUUUGUAACCUAUACUUAUAUAGAAAUCUUGCGUUGAGUUACAGGUCACUGUAAGAACCUCAAAGUGUCAAGUACACCUGAAAAUUCAGCCUGAAUAUUAGUAAACAAAUCAUGAACAACACUACGGUUCAACGAGAAGGGCUUUGCUCUCAAAUGGCAUCAACGCUCUUUACAGUACUUUUAUCCAUCAUCAGCUUAGGAGCUUUAAUUGGUAACAGUCUUGUAAUUGUUACCUUUUACAAAACACGAAGCUUAAGAACAAGCACUAACUACUACUACCUUGUCAACAUGGCGGUGUCCGACCUUAUUUGCGCAUGCUUCAACUGGCCGCUGUACGCAACCGAAGGAAUGCUGACCGGGUCAGAGUUUAUCACUGAGCCUUUCGCGUCAGUCGUUUGUAAACUAGGAUUGUACUUCAGAGGAAUAUCACAAAUUGUGUCUGUCUUGAGCUUGGUUCUAAUUUCUGUGAACAGAUACGCCGCUAUUGCUCUCCCUCUGAAGACUACGAUGCUGUGCAGGAGAAACGUCCGCCUAAUUUUGCUGUUUUCUUGGAUUUUACCAGUUGUUUGUGGUCUUCCUUACUUAUUCUACACAAGGGUUGUUAAACUGAACGGACCAGUAUUUUGCCGAACUGUUUGGAGCAAAUCACUGAACGCAAUCUACAUCGGCGUUGGGUUUGUUAUUUUCUACUGUGGUCCACUCCUUGCAAUAAUCAUAUUUUACACUCUGACAAUCAAGACAUUACGGAAACGUCCAGUUUCUUUAGAAGAAAAUUUGCCAAGUAAAAUUUAUGACAAAAGGAAGAAACAGAACGAGAAGGUCAUAAAAUUCGUGAUAAUAAUCGUUGCAGGCUUUUUUAUUUGUUGGACUCCCCUCAUUGUUUAUCUGGCUUUGAAGAUGUUUCAUCCAGAACUCUUCCCGAAAGACGUUUGUCUGAUAUUUGUUGGCGCUCUCUUCUAUGUUCUUCCAUCUUUAAGCACCGCCAUAAACCCUGUCAUCCUUCUCCUGCUUAGUUCAAACUACCGUAGGGCACUGAACGACUUAAUUCUUUGCAAAGUCUUGAAAGGCCGUCUGUCAUAUUUGUCAAGAAGGAGGACGCGCUCAUCGAAGAACAACACCAUUUCCUAUGAAUCGAGACUGUAGAACUACGAUGUUAAGAAAAUCCAAAAUCAGAAAAGAAAGGGAGUAACACAUAGAGACAGACUCUUGACAAA